AUGCAAUCACUAUACAACAAGUUAGGACCCGAGGGACGAAGCUUGGUUGGGUUCACUGACGAAUCAUCGUUCGAACAUCAGGUUCCCACCCAGUUGGACUACCUGUUUGAUGAACUGGUCCAUCCAAAACCGUCUACAACCCCUCAGAAAGUGUUAUCGUAUUUGGCUUAUUAUUACCCAAAGAUCAAAAAUGAGGGCAACAUCGAGCUGUUAACGUACUCGUUUUUGAAAUGUCCGUUGUUCUUCUCGAAUCUGCAAUCCUUGUCGUUCAUGGACCAUUAUCGUGUGCUCGAAUGCUUCAAAUUCGUCAUGGACAAAAAGUUCCAGGUUAGUCAGCCAACACUGCCGUUCUACAAGUUCUACAACUCGUUAUUCCGUGUCCUGGCUUCAGAAGCGUUGGAUCCUGCAAAUUCCUGGAAAUCUCUUCCAAUAGCCGUCGGAUGCUUGCUUUCUGUCGACUCCAGAAAAGAGUACGAUAACUACCCGGAAAUGUACCAAUUGAUAUCGCAGAUCGACCAGAAACUGCUGGACAUCACCGUCGCUGCGAUCGAGUCCAAUUUCCGCGGCCCAAUGCUUUUGGAUCCGCUGUACUUGAACGUUGUCGCUCUCGCUUGUAUCAACGACAAACUGGGACAGGAUCAACUGAGAAAAGUCAUUGUGGUGAGACCCGAUCUCCCUCGUCUGAUCAACGAUCUCGUGGUGCACUCCAACUAUGGACUCAGCAACGGACACGUCUUCAGUUUGACCGACGUGUUUGCACAAUGUCCAGCACUCAACCAUCUGAGCAGGAUCUCUUUCCUGUUUUGCAAAAUCGUGUCUUUGCAUCCAAAUACAACUUUAUUGGCAGACCAGCUGGACCUGAUUCUUAACCAAAUGCUCACGCUAAGCGAGACUGUUUCUCAACUUGGGGAGCCAAACGAACAACAAUGGGUUCUACUGCGGACCCUUCUGUUUGCUCAGGUGAUGCUGUUUGAAAGCGUGCUUUCCAGAUUUGUCCACAUAAAUAGCCAACCACUGGCACAACAGCUCAUGCCGACUUUCAGCAGAAAGAUCAUGUCGAUCUUGUUCAAUCUCAACUUUGUCGUGGAUAAGAUCGGUACCGGUGGGUUUGAAGCGUACAACUUUGUCUACGACCUGUGUCUCAACUCCAUCAUCAAUUACGAUAUCCCCACCGCCGAGCUUCUGAUCAAUUGCUGGACAAGUAACAUCCAGUUUGGCAAGAUUAGCACUUCCCAAAUGGACCGCGCCAAGCUUCUGUUUGACCUCCAGUUCGUGGAGAAUGUGAUCAACCUCAUUUCAGACGAUCUCAAGUUCAACUGCAUCAUUCCUAUUGUUCGCAAUCUGAUCAACACCGCCAGCGACCAGGACGUCUUGGAGGCAGCACAUUCGGUGAUGAUCAAGUUCUUUACGAUCCUCGACUCGUUCAAUGAACACUCCACAAACGUCAACUACCAUGCGAACAUGGAGAAAGUGAAAACAAGCAUGUUGGACUACCUAACUUUGGCUCUAGACCAGUUCCCAGAACGGUUGUCUUUGAAUCAAAUUGGAAUUGUGGUGGAAACACUCACAAAGAUCGCGUUCCCAAACUCGCCGUUGUAUGAGUCGGAACCAGAACUCAGUAGGGAGAUGUUACUUCUUCUCUACAACAGAUGUCAAGUGGUGAGUAAUAGACCGCUUCCAAACUCGACAGAGUUCCCAAAAACACUCCAAUCAGCUUUCCUCACUCUUCUCAUCCGCGUGAUCCCAUUGAUCUCGUUUACUGAGUACGAACAGUGGCUGGAGAGAACGUUCAUACUGAUCUGCCGCAACACCAACGACGAAAAACUUCAUCUGGUCGAUAAACUAUGGGACGCCAUUCUGGCUACAAACAAGUAUUAUCCACAAAAAGGUUAUAUAGGUAUCAAUUGGUGGUACGAACACGUGAAUCAAGAGGCGCGUGAAAAGGCUAAACUAUGA